UACACACGUGGAACUGGGGAAAGGCUGUUGACGCUUGAAACUGCGCGCAAUAGAACAGAAUUUAUUUUGAUUUCGUUGUAAAAGUUUUGUUGAACAUAUUUAUUUUAAGAUAGAGUCAUCAAAGCGUGAUCUAGGCAUAGAUUGGUUUACUUCUGUGGUCAAUUAGAGUUGUCAGCUCUCUGUGAAUUUAUCCUAAUAGACAGUCUUCCCGACUACUGGGCAGUCAUGGCUAAAAAUAAACAGAAAGGCAAAAAGCAGCUAAAUGUCUUUCAAAUUGCGAACAGACAGUCAAAACCUAAAAGCAAAGCGAAACCUGCGAAUACCUCAUUGAAACACAUGAACACUUUGAAAAAUGCAAAAGUGGAGAAAUUGAAUCAGAUAUUCACAGAGGUACAGAGGGAAGUAAAAAGUAUAUCAAAAUCCACAUUCAGUGAACCCAAAAAAGGACAAAAGGUGGUCAGAGAAGCUCCACGGGAACCCGUCAAUGUGGAUAAUGCUGCACAGCUUUUCUCGCAACUGUAGAAGAUCAUCAUUUCAAAUAAAUGAAGCAUAAAGAAAAUGGACUCUGGACUAAAUGCGCUUCCCAAGCUUACUGGACUAAAUGUAAUUCCCAAAAGUUUUAAAAUAAUAAUAAAAAAUAAAAAAAACUUCAUGCAAGCUGAUCAUCUAGAUAAAUUAAUAUACGCUUAUGUCUAUAAUAAUAUUGACUGUGGCUUUUAACUGCAUCAUUUGUCUUACCCUCUCAACUGCUGAGAAGUGCAUUUUGUAAAUGCAUUCUGGAGUAGCAGUGGAGACUAUUUUUGCACAGCCUAACUUAAUGUCAGUACAUUAGCACCUUUCCCUUGUGGAUAAAAUAUUUAGAAAUGUGAAAAUUGAAUUUGUUUGCUGAAGCAUGCAUAGUCAUUAAAGACUGAUUUCUCUUAGAGCUGUUUGGAAUUAGUUUCCCUGUAACAGGCCUUAUAUUGUCUUCAGAUCAAGGUCUGAACUUGAUAGAACUGAAAGAUGUGCUCUCGAGAUGUUGACUUUCAUAUCAUCAGCUGGUGUUUCAUUGUUAUCAGCAAAAUGCCCAAUGUAGUUUUACACCACAUCCAGAGCACUUAAAUGCUCUCAGCUACACCCCUUUAAUGUUGAUCCUUUGGUUUUGAAAGUGUCUGUUUGAAGCCAGUAAGUUCAAUUUCUAUUAUUUUUCUGAGACAUUUACGUUACUGUCUUCUGACCUUAGGAAAAAAACAUGAGAAUAAGAACAAGAGAUGAUACUUUUAUACCUGUGAAUGAUAUGUAUUUUGACAAAAUACCUUUUCCAAGACUGUAAUUUAUUGUUUUGUACUUUAUUGAUGUAUUUUUUUAUGUGACAUUAUUAAAUUCUUUCCAUUAUGCUGA